AGUGGCACGGCGGAAGAAAAAGUCGGUCAUCUCUCUAUGCUCGUCGUAUCGUUCACCCUGCGUGGAUUUCUUAUUACCAGGUUAAAGAUGGGUGUAUGCUCGAUAGCGUCCGCAGACGCGUGUUGUACGUCGGCCGUGGUACGUCGAUGGGCCCCCAUCGAGUGAGGCUUGAUGCUCGCAGAAAGGAUCGUCGAGUGUCACAGUGACUCGUAUGAUAUCGGUGUGUAGAGAUAUAGGAAAGAGUGUACGAAUGGUGAACAAAGGGGGAACAUCGGUCGUAUGCAGCGCGCCUGUCGUUUCGUUGCUGAUUCCGUAAUUUGCGACAGAUAAACACCGAUUCGUUUCCUGUCUGUGAGAGAGAGUACUAUUAGAAUCGAGACAAAAGUGUCACAUACAUCGUGACAAAGGGAUAGAUGCAUCUGUAAAGAGAGUAAGAAUCUUGGCAUUUCAACAAUGUACGUUUAUAUUCCGAACGAUCGUUAUUGCGAUAUCGCGAUGCGCUAUCAUGAGAAGAAGGGGGUGUAGAAAGAUUUUGCGAGAGAUUCCGAGGGGUUUUCCGCAGGAAAAACAAAGAAUGCCUCACGAAACAUCGUUGUGAACAAUGGUGGAAUUAAAUCUUAUCGUGUCGGUGAACUCCCAAUUACUAUAAUUAGUUAAUCCUCUUGCAAAUCCACAAUAUCAACGUUUUGUAUUUUGGCAUUGGGAAAUGCCAACACCAACUCCGCCCCUUUCGAGUUUGCCAGAGGUACCUAUGUGUGAGAAAACAGAAGACAGAGAUACCAAUUCCUCGCCCCCCUGGGCCAAAAUCAAGCUUACGCCUGCAGAAGUUGAAAUUGAAAGGAUGAUAUUACGAAAUGAAUUGAAAGAUGCAGAGGUAAAUUACUUCUGUCGAGUAGAACCGAUCCUUCAAGAUGGUCCACAAUGCGGCUUAGUGGCACUUGCAAUGGCAUCGCAGGAGUAUAGGAAACCGGUCGCUGUGAGCCAUCUUCUCGCCGAAGCUCGCGUUCGAGGAUUCACGCAACACGGAGAGGUGUACAGUGUCGAUUUCAUGGCAACACUAGCGGCGGAAUAUUUGCCCGAUCACAGGCCGGACGUGAUGGUGGAUCUACAACAGUAUCCGGACGCGUUGAGUCACGCUUUGGCGCAUGGAGCAAUGGUGCUAAUUCCGUAUGAUUCCGACUUUAACCAUGCUCCGUGUCUGAAGAGGGGCCAUAAAGCACACUGGGCAUUGCUCGUGGGAUUAAUCUCUUCUAGGCAGGGAUACCAUGUUUUAGCACGUCACGGUAAGUCGCGUCACCUCGCUUGUUGGCCGUUGCGCGAUUUAAUCGAGAGUAACGGCAAUUUGGAGGAGGAAGGUGCAACGAGACACGCAGGGGGAUAUGUCAUACCAAAGGGCGGUGUCGGUGGUCAAAGAGGUUUACGCGGCAGAGCACUGGCGUUACGUCCGUACACGUAGAGUCGUGCGAAAGAAUCGUAGGUAAUGCGAAAAAGGGGGAGAGAAUACAACGCAUUCUUACGGCGAACGAGACAUUCGAAGCACAGCCGAUUCUCAACUAAUAAUUGUGCGCUUUUGAUUAAUGUAUGUUUGAAUUCGCGCGCGAUAUAUUUCACGCAAUGUUAGUCGCAACAUCUACCGAGGGAGUUCGGCAUCAGAUUUCACAUGAUUCCAAGUAGCGGUAUUUUCGCUUACCUCGAAUUACAUGAUGAUAAGAAUUACGGGCGACUCUUGGUAACGAUACGUCAAGUCGAGACACACAACAAGUGUACGUGGCAUGCAUGAUGAGCUGAAACACCCAUUUCGAUACAUAAGUAAAUGUGUAUACAUGUAUGUAUUAGGUAGGCCUUAUCAAAAGUCAUCAUUAGUUCUGAUUGGAAGAUAUAUAUAUUUCUUUAGGAGAAGAUAUUGUAGAUUUUCAGCGAUAAUUGUGGUCUCCGUCUUAUGUUGGUGCAAUAAAUAAAGAGUUAAUCUAUUACAUUUGUAUAGAUAUGCAAAAAAACACUGGAUUUCAGGCGCUGAAUUUCAAGCUUGUCACUUGGCAUGCUGUUUCGGCUUAGAAUGAUCUUUUAAGACGCGUGCGUACGUUUUCAAAGGUUUAUACAGGGUGUGUGUCGAAAGAUAAGGUCAAGCGCGGUCCAUCAGUGAUUAUGCACAGCAUUAUGAACUUCCCCUGUAUCGACUUUGGCCAGCCGAACGUCGUGCAACAACGCAGCCGAUGUAAAUUUUUUACAUUCGUUACUCUUCCUCUACCGCUGUCUUGACCUCACCUUUCGUUCGAAUCAUUUGCACGAUAAAACACGACGAAAGUUUCGCGAUGCCGUAAGUACACAUUUUCUUUCGCUACGUAUAUUAUCGUUUAACGAUGUAGCGAGAGAGAAAUCUCGUUCGAGAUUACGGUGAAAUUAAUCGCCAGAUGUCCGUCAAAAACCAUGUCUCGUCGCACUGUUGCAGAGAGAGAGAGAGAGAGAGAGAGAAAGAGAGAGAGAGAGAGAGAGAGAGAGAGAGGUGAAUGUUUGGAAAAUCAACAGUUUGCUCCGAUUUUUCUGCGUAGACAGUUGAACCUCGCGAAAUUUCAGUAUUACACGAUUACUUAGUCUAGUGAGAAAAAGCUGCGCCACCCGACGAAAUUAUAUCGUUUUCUUUUUGUUUGUCUCUUGAUAUUUAUUUCUAUGUAAAACUAUUGAAUAUAGUUCUCUAAAUAUAUAUGUAAUAAAAGACU